UUAUUUCUAUUAUUAUUAUCAUUAUCAUCAACAACAACAAACAAUUUGGUUCAAGGUUUUCCAGCAUCAUCAUCAUCAUUGUAUACAUCGGCUGAUUCAGGUGUAAAUAUUUUAUAUACAACAAAUAUAACCGAUUUUAUUGUUAAUCAACAUCAAGAUGGUCGUAAAAUUCAAUUUAUACAAUUUUUCAAUACAUAUUGUGGUCAUUGUCAAGCAUUUGCACCAUUAUUUAAACAAUUUUUACAAUCAACCAUACAUCGUUGGUCGAAUGUUGUUGAUUUUGCCGUAUUGGAUUGUGCAAAUGAGGUGAAUGCUGAUGCAUGUAGACAUUAUAAUAUUGAAUUAUAUCCAACAUUACGAACAUUUUGGCUGCGACCAAAAUUAACUGAUUUAGGUGAAGAUUUUCCUUUACAUCAUUGGACUUCGGCAGCCGAUUUACGACAAAGUUUUAUUGGAUGGCUUUCAGAUCAAUAUGAAAAACAUAAUAUCAAUGAUAUUCCAAAACAUUGGCCAAAUUUUCUUCCAUUAAAAGUUGAAAAUAAAGAACAAUUAUUUGAAAAACUUGAUAUUGAUAAUGAUCAUCGUCCUGUAUUGAUUAUUGUUGAAAAAAAUGAUUCAUUAUUCGGACAAGAGUUAAUGAUGAAUUUUUCAUUGCACACAAAUGAAUUACGUAUAUUUCGUAUGGAAGAAUCAUCGGAUAAUAAACAUUUAUUACAAUUAUCCGAUCAAAAUCAAUCGAAUGCAUUGGAAAAAAUAUCCUUACCAUUUUUAUAUGUUAUAACACCGGAAAAUCAUCAGAUUAAAGUUAUACCGAAACCAAUAAUGUCAGAUGAAGAUGAUGGUAUAUUUAUGACAAAAUUAAUUGCUAAAGAUUUUGUUAAAAAUUAUGAUCAUGAAGAAAUGAAUUUAAAGAAAACUAAUGAUGAUGAAACAUUACCAGAUCAAUCAACAGUUGUUGUAAAAUAUUCAACAAGAAUAUACAUGUCUGAUUUACAUAAUGCUAUUCGUUAUGCAUUAUUUCAUGAAGUUCCAUUAAAACAAUAUCUUAAUCAAGAACAAACAAAUAGUUUAAUUCGUUUAUUGAAUGUACUUUAUGAAAGUUUUCGAUUUCAAAAUGAUAAAACAAAACAAUUUAUUAAACAUUUUCAUGAUUGGUUGGUUAAACAUUCGAAUCGUAAUGCACGAUCAUCACGAUCAGGUAAAUCAUCAUUACAUAAUAAUGAUAUGGUUAUCGAUACUAAAGAUAUGUUAACAACAAUGAAUAUGUAUGAAGAAUAUUAUCAUUUUCCUGAACAAAAACCAUGGAAAGCAUGUGCAGUAAUAUCUGAUGGAUAUCAUCGAUCAUAUCCAUGUUCAUUAUGGACAUUAUUUCAUGUACUAACUGUUGCUGAAUAUCGUCGUACAUUACAAACAAAACAAUGGUUAUCAUUACAUCCAACAUUAUAUGCAAUGCGUGAAUAUAUACGGAAUUUUUUCGGCUGUACUGAAUGUUCAAUGCAUUUUACAAAAAUGUCAAGUAUGCUUGAAAAUGAAUUAACAUAUCCAAAUUCAUCGGUAUUAUGGUUAUGGCGUGCACAUAAUCGUGUUAAUGCACGAUUAAAAGGAUCAAGAUCAGAAGAUCCACGAUUGCCUAAACGACAAUUUCCAUUAUAUAAUGAAUGUAAUGAAUGUUAUCGUAAACAACCACCAGAUGAUUUGAAUUUAUGGAAAAAUUCAACCAAAUAUAUUGAAUAUUAUGAUGAAACAAAAAUAUUACAAUUUCUAGUCAAUUUUUAUGCAUCCGAAAGAAUUAUUCUUGAUGAUUCAGAAUUUAAUGAUCAACAACAACAACAACAACCACAACAAAAACAACCACUCAUUGAUUUUGAUCAUCCAAUAAUGAUAACAGAUAAUGAUGAUUCUGUAACUAAUCAUGCAACCAAACCAAGAAGUAAAAUACUCAUGCUUGUUUCAAGUCCAUUCACACAAACAGAUAUAAAUCUUAUAUUUGUAUUCUAUGUUGUUUCAAUAAUUUUAUUAUUAUCAAUAUUUGUUUAUGUACGUUCUAGGCGUAAUAUUUUUCAUAAAGUUUUCAAUUUGAAUGGUAAACAAAGAGUUUAUUGAAAACAAACAUUUUUUUCUUUUCAAACAAAAAAAAAAUUACAAACAAACAUUCAAAUGUGAUUCCCAACAAUUGGUACAGUAUCUGUAUGCGUUUUUUUAUUUAUUUAUUUUUUUCUGUUUUUUUCCCUAAUUAUUUUUCCCGGUUGUUUUUGAUUUUUGA